AUGCCAGAUGGAUCGGAAAGACCAAUUUCUUUCGCAUCGAGGAGUCUUACAAAAUCCGAAAAGAACUAUGCACAAAUCCAAAAGGAGGCGCUUGGAAUAGUGUGGGGAGUGAAGAAAUUUAACACAUUUCUGUACGGUAGGAAAUUUUCUUUAAUUACUGAUCAUCAACCUUUAACAGCAAUUUUUAAUCCUGAAAAAUCAAUUCCUGUAACUACCGCCGCUAGGUUACAGCGUUAUGCUAUUUUUCUCUCUGGAUUUACAUACAACAUCGAAUACAAAAAUACAAAGAAACACAAUAAUGCAGACGCAUUAUCGCGACUACCGAUGCAAAGUGACAUGAACAUUAACAGUGAAGACGCAGAUGAUCUUUUUCACGUGUUACAAAUUGAGGACCUUCCAAUUACGAGCGCCGAAAUUCAACGUGAAACUCGAAAAGAAAAGGUAUUAGCAUCAGUUUUGUACCAAGCAAUGAAUGGAUGGGAAAUAACGGACGAUUCGUUAAUAAAACCUUAUUUCACUCGCAGAAAUGAAUUAACUGUUAGUCAUGGUUGCCUUCUGUGGGGAAUAAGAGUCAUAAUUCCGAUUAAAUUCAGGAAUCGAAUUCUAGAAUUACUUCAUAGUAGUCACCCGGGAAUGGUGAAAAUGAAGGCGUUGGCCAGAGGGCAUGUCUGGUGGCCCGGUAUAGACAGUGACAUUGAACAUUUAGUCAAAAGCUGCACUGGAUGCCAGAUAAAUCAGCACGCACCAGCACUAACACCGUUACACCCAUGGGAAUGGCCCGAGACACCAUAUGGCAACGAGUCCAUAUAG